AUGCCUGUUAUCUUCUUUACCAUCCUCUACUUCCAUAAACAGACGACACGGAAGAAAGGAAACACUCCACCGUCACCACCGAGACUUCCGUUGAUCGGAAACCUCCACCAGCUAGGCCACAACCCUCACCGAUCAUUAUGCUCUCUCAGCCACCGUUACGGUCCUAUUUUCAAAAGAUUAACAUUAACUAACAUUCACACGUUGACUCUUAAAGAGUUCUGCUUUCUCCCGGCGAGUUUCGAUAGUAUCUCGGCCGCUGAUCUUCUUAUCUCUCUUCCUCUUGCAGAUCUUUCCAAUUCAACAUCUCCACCAACCUAA